AUGGCAUCGACUAGCAAAUCCGCUGAAAAAGUGAAAAAUGUUAACGGUUACAUUCACGAGCUAUCAGAAAUUCAGAUUGGAAAAACAACGGGAAACCGAUAUUUCGAUUUUAAAGUUCAAGAGGACGAAUCAGAAUUUACCAGAGUGGCUUGUUUUAGCCCUGAGAAAAGAGAUGUGUUAAAACGAAAACAAGAGUCCAAGGACCCUGUAUGUCUAACGAACGUAAGUCCUCAAAAGAAAAAGUACAAACCCGAUAUAAAAGAGUACACAAUGGGUAAAUAUUCGAGCGUGGUUGAUGGUGACAGUUUAUACUUUCCAUGGAGAUUAAGUCCAGGAGCUGACACAAAUCCAGUAUCAAUUGAGAACAUUUUCGGCAAGAAGGAAGUUGGAGAGUCCAUCUGGUUUCGAGGAAAAGUCGUUUCGAUUUCUGACCCCUAUAGUGUGUAUUCAUCUGCUAUGGAAAAAAAAUUGCAAAAGCGUGAUUUGAUCGUUGCAGAUCCCACAGGCGCGAUGUUCCUUUCCCUUUGGGAGGGACUUGUCGACCAAGUUGAAAUUCAGAGGUCGUACCUCUUUACGAAUGUGAAAGUCGCAUUUUUUAAAAAGAGAUUUCUAAAUACUACAUCAAAGUCAGUCAUCAGCGUUCUCGAGGAAAGCAUCGAACUCCCACGCAAAGUUGAGGAGAGAGUAAAGAUACUGGAGAUGCAGGAGAACAACAUUGAGAAAGUUUGAGGCAAAAUCUUGAGCGCAGAAGUAUCGCAGACAUUUGUGUGUAUCAAUUGUAAGGGUCGUAUACACGAGGAUCUGAUCAACAAUGCCAAGUCCAUUGUCAAGUGUCAGCAAUGCAAUCUUAGCACCUUAAAAAAAAACAUGACGAGUCACAUGACGGCAAAUAUAAUCAUCCAAGCCGAAGGUGACGAUAAAACAGCGUCGGUGAGAUACCAUUGCCCAAUGGUCGCAUUAAGAUCCCUGUUUGCAGUUUUGAGCAUUACGGAGGGUUACAAGUUCAAAGAACAGGACAUAACCGAACUAUCCGAAGAUAUGGUUGUCGAAACCUUGUUGCAUAUUGGCGAAGUGGAAUUUGAAAUCCGAAAGGAAGAAAAGUUGAUACAGUCGAUGAAAUUACUGUAA